CUGGACCUCAUGGCGCAGUGGGUGGGCAGACAAAGGACCGCCCGGCACCCUCUCAACCAUUUGCUGCCUCCAAUUGCCACACACCUAUAAGAACAAUAUAGAACACUACUUUUCCACAUUCCACUUCAUCAGUACUCCAGUCUUCCGUGACGUCCCCUGCAAUAGAUUCACUCUGUUGCUACGAAUGUUGCACAUCUCAGACAGGAAUACUCUAAACCAAAAUGACCUAUACAAAAUCAGGGAAUUGUUUGUGUAUCGUAAGCAAAAAUUCAGUGCCUACUUUUAUCCAUUCAAGAAUAUUGUUGUUGAUGAGUCCUUGGUUCUGUUCAAGGGACGACUGUCAUUCGAACAAUAUAUACCAAGCCAACAUAAUCGUUUUAGUAUAAAACUCUUUGUACUGUGUGACUAUGAGACUGGUCUUGUGUUGGAUGUCAUUAUCUACACAGGGAAAAACACACUCAAUGAUGACAGACAGAUGUUGGGCAUUACUGGUGAUGAAUGCAAGAUGAUGCAGCCAUACCUUGGCGAGGGCCAUACAUUGUUCACAGACAACUGGUAUACAAGCCCUAUGCUCUCUGAUUUCCUGCAUGUGAACAAUACUGAUACAUGUGGAACAGUGAGCAAAAGUAGAAAACACAUGCCUAGGUUCACUGGAGGAAGUGUAGUGCAAGCGUUUCGUGAUAAUGACAUCAUGGCACUGAUGUGGCAUGACAAACGGGAUGUGACAUUGCUGCCAACCAUCCACAGAAACGAGAUGGUACAAACAGACUGAGCAGGUACAACAAUGAAUCUGUUGUAAAGCCAGCUGCUGUCAUUGACUGUACAGACAAUAUGCGACUAGUCGACAAGUGUGACAUGAUGAUAGGGUUUGUUGACUGUGUGCGAAGGAGUUGCAAGUGGUAUAUAAAAGUGUUUUUCCACUUUGUAGACAUUGCAAUGCUCAAUGCCUUUAUUUUUUUUAUUAACACACUGGCCAAUUCCCACCAAGGCAGGGUGGACCGAAAAAGAAAAACUUUCACCAUCAUUCUCUCCAUCACUGUCUUGCCAGAAGGAUGCCUUUAACUUAUAUGAAAUAAAGACAGGGCAGCGACAACGAUAUGCGGAAUUCACCCUUAAUAUUAUCAAGCAGAUAGUGGAAAAGUAUGGUACCACACCUAUACCUGUCACUCCACAGUGACCUGCCACCCCACAACAGCAACCUAUCACUCCACAAGAAGAGGGGGAAGUGCCUGACCGAAUAAUCCCAAACUGUCACUG